AUGAAAUUUUCAUCGAAUGCAUCUAUUAUUCAUGUUUCUGCUAAUACAAAUCCAACACUUUCCAUACAAGCUAUUAUUACAAUUAGUAAUAAACAUGAUUUUUCUAUAAAUAAAUAUCAUCCAAAUGCUAGUACACCAACACAAACUUAUUCUGAAUCAUCACAAACAUCAAUACAUCAACAAACACAAUUACUAUUAAGCAUGGAUUCAAUAUUAGUAUCAAAUAUAAAUUUAAAUCGUCAUCAUUUGGGUGAUAAUUUUUAUGAACGUAUUCAACAACGACAUCAAAGUUUUGUUGUUACUGCUGAUAACCGUUAUAUAAUAUCAACUGGUUAUUGGGAUAAAAGUUUUCGUGUACAAAAUACUGAUAUAGCUAAAAUUACACAAGUACUCUAUGGUCAUUUUGAUAUUGUUACAUGUGUAUGUCGUUCGGAAGUAACUAUUGCUGGAAAUUGUUUUCUUGCAACUGGUUCACGUGAUUGUACAGUUUGUAUUUGGAUAUGGAAUGGUACAAAAGGUGCAAUAGUUGAUCGUGAAUAUCCAAAUCAAGAAAUCAAUCCAUCACCAGCAGCAAUUUUAACUGGUCAUGAUAGAGAAAUAACAUGUUUAUGGAUAUCAGCUGAACUUGGUAUUGUUUUAAGUGGUAGUGAACAAAGUCUUGUACUUCAACAUACACUUAAUGGUGAUAUAUUACGUUCAUUUGAAAAUCCAUCAAAAAUAUCUACACCACGUCUAUUAUCACCAUCAAAUGAUGGUGAUAUUAUUGUUUGUUAUGAUCGUUCAAAAUUAUGUUUAUAUACAUUAAAUGGAAAAUUAAUGAGACAAGCAAUAUUUGAAGAUGAAACUAUUCAAUGUAUGGUUUUAAAUGCUGAUAGUCAAUAUACAGUUAUUGGUGGUGAUCGAGGUUUUGUACAAAUCAUUCGAACACAUGAUUUACAACCUGUUUAUGCUUAUCCACAAUGUGAUGCUAGUAUUCGUUCAUUAGCAAUAACUCAUGAUCAAAAAUAUAUCAUGGCAGGUCUUUCUACAGGUUGUUUGAUUGUAUUUAAUGUUAAUUUUAAUGUUCUUAAUCAACCUCGACGUGAUUCUGAAACGCCUACUGCAAAUGUUUAA